AUGAAGAAAUUCUUCCAGGAAAUCAAGGCCGACAUAAAGUUCAAGAGCGCGGGACCGGGUCAGAAGCUCACAGACUCGGGGGAGAGGGCCCCCAGAGACAAGGCCAGCCAGCCGGCCCUCAAGCAGCCCCGCCCAGGCCCCACCAAUGAGGCACAGAUGGCAGCCGCUGCGGCCCUGGCCCGGCUGGAGCAGAAGCAGCCCCGAGGCCGGGGCCCCAGUUCGCAGGACUCCAUUCGGAACCAGGUGAGAAAGGAACUUCAAGCAGAAACACCUGCCAGCGGGAGCCCAGAGUCCCCAGAGACCAACAUGGUCCCUGAGCCCAGAGAGGAAGGCUCAGCUCACCUGGCAGUGCCUGGAGUGUACUUUACCUGCCCGCUCACAGGGGCCACCCUGAGGAAGGACGAGCGGGACGCUCACAUCAAGGAGGCCAUUCUUUCGCACUUCUCCACAGACCCAGUGGCUGCCUCCAUCAUGAAGAUCCACACUUUCAACAAAGACCGAGACCGGGUGAAGCUGGGCGUGGACACCAUUGCCAAGUACCUGGAUAAUAUCCACCUGCAUCCAGAGGAGGAGAAGUAUCAGAAGAUCAAGCUGCAGAACAAGGUGUUCCAGGAGCGCAUUCACUGUCUGGAAGGGACCCAUGAAUUCUUUGAGGCCAUCGGAUUCCAGAAGGUGAUGCUUCCGGUUCCUGACCAGGAGGACCAGGAGGAGUUCUAUGUGCUGGGCGAGGCGGCCCGGACACAGCCUGAGAACCUGGAGAGGCACAAGGAACAGCUGCUGGGCGCCGAGCCCGUGCGGGCUACGCUGGAUCGCCAGCGCCGUGUCUUCCAGCCCUCGCCCCUGGCCACCCAGUUCGACCUGCCUGGGGACUUCUUCAGUCUGACGGCCGAGGAGCUCCGGCGGGAGCAGCGGCUCAGGGCGGAUGCCGUGGAGCGCCUGAGCGUGCUGCGCACCAAGGCCAUGCGGGAGAAAGAGGAGCAGCGAGAGCUACGCAAGUACACGUAUACGCUACUGCGCGUGCGCUUGCCCGAUGGCUGCCUGCUGCAGGGGACCUUCUAUGCCCGGGAGCGGCUGUCAGCACUCUUCUCCUUCGUGCGAGAGGCCCUGCAGAGCGACUGGCUGCCCUUUGAACUGCUGGCCUCUGGUGGCCUGAAGCUGUCUGAAGAUGAGAACUUGGCUUUCAAUGAGUGCGGGCUGGUGCCGUCUGCUCUUCUGACAUUCUCGUGGGACACAGCCGUGCUAGAGGAUUUGAGGGCUGCAGGCGCCGAGCCGGACACCUGGGUCCUGAAACCCGAGCUCCAGUCUGACAUGGAGAAGCUCUCAUGA